UGAUUUCUGCCGAAAAGACAAACAAGGAAAUUGAGUCAACAUCAUCAUUUUAUGAUUGCGAAAAAAACACAAGUUAUUACAGAUUUUAUACAUUUUUAUCAUUAAUUCACAUUUAGCCAAGAAAGGAAUAUGAGUGACAAGCAAAGCUUCUUCCAGCGUGUUUUUGGGUCGGGCAAAAAGGGAGAGAAAGAGCCCACACCCCAAGAGGCUAUUCAGCGUUUGAGAGAAAUUGAAGAAAUGUUGAUGAAGAAAUCAGACUUUUUAGAAAAGAAAGUUGAUUCUGAACUGACAACAGCAAAGAAAAAUGGCACUAAAAAUAAACGAGUUGCGCUUCAAGCAUUAAAGAGGAAGAAACGUUACGAAAAACAGCUACAGCAGAUUGAUGGAACUUUAUCAACUAUCGAGUUUCAGAGAGAGUGCCUUGAAAAUGCUAGCACCAAUACGGAGGUUCUUAAAGCUAUGGGAUCUGCUGCAAAAGCUCUGAAAAAAGCACACAAUAAUAUGGACGUGGACAAAGUGCAUGAUUUAAUGGAUGAUGUAGCCGAACAACAAGAGAUUGCCAAUGAAAUUAGUGAUGCUAUUUCAAAUCCUGUAGGAUUUAACACAGAUCUAGAUGAGGAUGACCUUAUGGCAGAGUUAGAAGAACUAGAACAAGAAGAAUUAGAUGAGAAACUGUUGGAUGUUGGUCCAGUGGCAGACAACCUUCCAUCAGUACCCACAGCAGAACCAGCGGCAUCCAGAAAAGUUGCAGCUACAGAGGAUGAUGAUGAGUUAAAGGAAUUAGAAGCCUGGGCAAGCUAAGCAUAUUGUGAUAUAUGUGAACAGUGUAUAUGUGACAAUUAUGUGUGUAUAUAUGUGAUCACUUUUUAUAACGAUUGAGAAAAAGACUGUGCUUCGGUAUACAGUCAAAAUUUAUAGUGGCUACCAUUGUGGAGAAUUGUUUGAUUUUAAACAACCUCUUUUUCAAAUCCCCAUUUCCGGAAUAUUCUGAUUAAUUUCAACUAGUCCUGUAUGAAGCAAAUCAGAAGCAUCCACCUACAAUGAGAGACUCUUCGUCCUUCUUCCCUUGAGUGGCUUCUCAAAACGGGUAUCAUGAAUUGAUUUCAAGCCAAUGUUUUGCUAUGUUCGUAUUUCAACCAAUAUAUAUAUUUAUUUUGAUAAAUGUUCAAUACCUGCAGUUUAUUCUAUUAAAGUAUCUGUUGGUGAAAAUAUAGGUUAUUUAUUGUGAUUUUCGCAGUUUUUAGACUAACAUAUUAAAUUUUACACAACGUGUAAAAAGAAGGUUAGUGGGACAGUUUACACACCUACACAAAAAUGAGUAGACCAGACUGGUGGAAUUUUUAUCUGAAUUCUACAGAAUACAUUUGAUUAUCCUUAAUCCUGGUUGCAUACAAUAAAAAAAAUCUUUGAAUAAUAAAAGAAAAACUUAGAAUUUCAAUCAUAAACAUACUUUAUGCCUAAUUCUGUCAUGUUUUAAGAGAAGAAUGUUGCGAAAAUUAUGGGGACAAAAAAAACUUUAGGGUGUUUUUUAAACUUUAUGGUAAAUUUAGUCUGUUGUACAAUAUUUAAUCUUAAGAACAAGGAAAGAUAGUUUUUAGCUCACAUGUCACAAAGUGACAAUGUGAGCUUUUGUGAUCACGCAGCGUCCGUCGUCCGUCGUCCGUGCGUGCGUGCGUCCGUGCGUGCGUCCGUGCGUGCGUAAACUUUUGCUUGUGACCACUCUAGAGGUCACAUUUUUCAUGGGAUCUUUAUGAAAGUUUGUCAGAAUGUUUAUCUUGAUGAUAUCUAGGUCAAGUUCGAAACUGGGUCAACUGCGAUCAAAAACUAGGUCAGUAGGUCAAAUAAUAAAAAAACCUUGUGACCUCUCUAGAGGCCAUAUUUUUCAUGGGAUCUGUAUGAAAGUUGGUCAGAAUGUUUAUCUUGAUGAUAUCUAGGUCAAGUUCGAAACUGGGUCAACUGCGAUCGAAAACUAGGUCAGUAGGUCAAAUAAUAAAAAAACCUUGUGACCUCUCUAGAGGCCAUAUUUUUCAUGGGAUCUGUAUGAAAGUUGGUCAGAAUGUUCAUCUUGAUGAUAUCUAGGUCAAGUUCGAAACUGGGUCAACUGCGGACAAAAACUAGGUCAGUAGGUCAAAUAAUAAAAAAACCUUGUGACCUCUCUAGAGGCCAUAUUUUUCAUGGGAUCUUCACGAAAGUUGGUCAGAAUGUUCAUCUUGAUGAUAUCUAGGUCAAGUUCGAAACUGGGUCAUGUGCCGUCAAAAACUAGGUCAGUAGGUCAAAUAAUAAAAAAAACAUUGUGACCUCUCUAGAGGCCAUAUUUUUCAUGGGAUCUGUAUGAAAGUUGGUCAGAAUGUUCAUCUUGAUGAUAUCUAGGUCAAGUUCGAAACUGGGUCAACUGCGAUCAAAAAGAAGGUCAGUAGGUCAAAUAAUAAAAAAACCUUGUGACCUCUCUAGAGGCCAUAUUUUUCAUGGGAUCUGUAUGAAAGUUGGUCAGAAUGUUCAUCUUGAUGAUAUCUAGGUCAAGUUCGAAACUGGGUCAACUGCGGUCAAAAACUAGGUCAGUAGGUCUAAAAAUAGAAAAACCUUGUGACCUCUCUAGAGGCCAUACUUGUGAAUGGAUCUUCAUGAAAAUUGGUUAGAAUGUUCACCUUGAUGAUAUCUAGGUCAGUGUCGAAACUGGGUCACGUGCCUUCAAUAACUAGGUCAGUAGGUCAGAUAACAAAAAAACCUUGUGAUCUUUCUAGAGGCCAUAUUUUUAAUGGGAUCUGUAUGAAAAUUGGUCAGAAUUUUUAUCUUGAUGAUAUCUAGGUCAAGUUCGAAACUUGUUCAACUGUGGUCAAAAACUAGGUCAGUAGGUCUAAAAAUAGAAAAACCUUGUGACCUCUCUAGAGGCCAUACUUUUCAACGGAUCUUCAUGAAAAUAAGUCAGAAUGUUCACCUUGAUGAUAUCUAGGUCUUGUUCGAAACUUGGUCACGUGUUUUUAAUAACUAGGUCAGUAGGUCAAAUUACUAAAAAGCCUUGUGACCUCUCUAGAGGCCAUAUUUUUCAUGGGAACUAUAUGAAAAUUGGUUUGAAUGUUCAUCUUGAUGAUAUCUAGGUCAGGUUUGAAACUGGGUCAACUGCGGUCAAAAACUAGGUCAGUAGGUCUAAAAAUAGAAAAACCUUGUGACCUCUCUAGAGGCCAUACUUUUGAAUGGAUCUUCAUGAAAAUUGGUCAGAAUGUUCACCUUGAUGAUAUCUAGGUCUUGUUCGAAACUGGGUCACGUGCCUUCAAUAACUAAGUCAGUAGGUCAAAUAAUAAAAAAUCUUGUGACCUCUCUAGAGGCCAUAUUUUUCAGUGGAUCUUCAUGAAAAUUGGUUAGAAUUUUUAUCUUGAUGAUAUCUAGAUCAGAUUCAACACUGGGUCACAUGAGCUCAAAAACUAGGUCACAAUAUCAAAUAAUAGAAAAAAACGACAUCAUACUCGGUUUAAAACUGGGUCAUGUGGGGACAGGUGAGCGAUUCAGGACCAUCAUGGUCCUCUUGUUUUUAAAUGUGACAUAUCAGUAAGUAUUUAUGUCAUUAUUGUUUCUUUUUUUCUGUUUUUGCUAGAAAAAAUUAGCUUUUUGUGAAUAGGGGCAGGACGGGGGGAGAGGGAGGGGGUGGGGAAUUAUUUGCUUCAAAGUUGUUAUUGUCCUGGUUGAAAAAGUGUUUGGAUAAUAUAACUGUUUUUGCUGGGGAAACUGUACAUGUUUUCUUUUUUGCAGAUGUAAUUUCAUACUUUCUGCAUAGUAUACUUUUGCUGAAUAUUUGUUGUGUAUGUAACUUAUUACUGGUAUUCAAAAGGCCUUGCCUGCAGGUUUUACGAGGAAUAUGAAAUUUUCGAAAAUAGUAAUUUGUAAUUAAGCUUCGGUAUAGAUUAUUUGAGAUAAAAAAAUUUCAGUGUACUCAAAAGUAUUAGUUAAGAUACAUCUUUAGAAGUCGAUUUCUUUCUAUACGGUCGGAUUAUUAUCGAGGUUUGGCUAUAUAUUUACUUUGUAAAUUGUUAGUUAGCUCAUAAGGUAGGGAAAUUAUAAGUUACAAGUUUAUCCUAGUGAAGACUCCAUGAACAUUGCUUAGAUUAACUGACCAUUGUUCAGUACAGAAAAACCUAAUAAUAUGAGCCGUGCCAUGGGAAAACCAACAUAGUGGGUUUGCGACCAGCAUGGAUCCAGACCAGCCUGCGCAUCCGCGCAGUCUGGUCAGGCUCCAUGCUGUUCGCUAACAGUUUCUCCAAUUCCAAUAGGCUUUAAAAGCGAACAGCAUGGAGCCUGACCAGACUGCGCAGAUGCGCAGGCUGGUCUGGAUCCAUGCUGGUCGCAUACCCACUAUGUUGGUUUUCCCAUGGCACGGCUCAUAUACUUAAUUUUCUUUUUCUUUCAAAUUGAAAGUAAACAUACCAGUAUGUGAAUUAAUUGGACAUCCAGUUAACAAUAUUUACAUUUUCCCUAUUUGUUCCAUUGAAGAUUAUGACGUUAAUUUUGCUUGAACUGUAAAAAGGAAAGGUGCCAAGCUUACAAUAAGACAGCCUUUUGAUAACGUGCAGCUGUAUUAACAGUGUUGUAUGUAGUCAGGGAAAACAUUACUUAGAUGACAUCACAGUUGUUCUGUUCAGUGAACUGAAUAGCCCAGGGUUCAUAUGAAAUGAACAAACAAAUUAACCAUGAAUUGCUAAUGCAGUAGUGGAUUAACUGAUAAUGUUCUGUCCUUUAUUUUGCACAAACUCAAAAAAAAAAUUAUUCAUCUCUUAAUAGUAUUCUUGAAAAAUAUAAAAUGUAUUCAAUAUAUGAAGUGUAGUUCAAACAAUACGCUAUACUGGGGGAGUACUUCCUGAUUGUGCUGUUUUACACUUAGCAAUGUUGUUGUUAUAAUAAUUAUUAUUUUGUAUUAUUUUGGUCUUUUGAGCUUUAUCAAAUUUGAGCUCGAGAACUAAGUAGUUGCUGUGUAUUUGUUCAAUUAAACUUCAUUAAAGUUCAUUUAUAACAUUUAUGUAUUUACUUUUUAAGAUUGGUUUGUUAAGUUCAGUAUAUUAUUUAACUUUUCCAUUUUAAAGAACAUACAAUAAGUGUGUCAGUAUUUUAUUUUGUACCCUUUAGAUACAGACAAGCCUGUGAUAAUGAACACUGUGAAUAGUGGUCACCUGACUUGAAAUGCAAACAGUUUAAUUUUCUGCUUGAAUAUUUUCAAUGUGACUCAACCUUUCAGUAAAGACCAGCAGCAGAUAAAUGCCUUAUUUUGGUCUCAAAUGGUCUCUUUAUACACAGGCUUGGCUGUACUUGAAUGCAGCUCCUCUUAACGGGUUAAUUGGAAACCUGUCCAAUUUGUUUAGACCAGUGAGUUGUCACAAAUUUCUGGUCAGAUCUGUUUAAUUCUGCAAUUUUACUGCAAUGUCCUUUCUUCAAGGCCUGGUUCUAAAAAGUGUAUAUUUUAAUGAAAUAAAAAAGUUUUUUUGCACAGCCCUGAAAUUGUAGACUGGUGAUUAUCCUUUUAUAACUUUACAACAGAACCAGUGGAAGACGAGUUGACAACACCUAACACACUGGGUAGUUUGAACAAGUUAUUUAAUUCUAUACCUUUAGUAUUUGUGUCUGUCUUUGAGAUGUAACAAGUAUGUUACAUUUUUUUCUCAGUUACUUCAGUUAAGGAACCACAUGCGUGAUGUCCUUCGUUUGUAUAUGUGUCAGAUAUACAUGUAUGUUUUAUUUCUCAAUUUAGUGCAUUGUUGUCAUUAAAAUGUAUCCAUUAGAGUUUUACACCAUUUAUCUUUGUUUAAUUUUUGUUUUUUUGAAAGCAAAUAAUGGUAGAGCUAAAUUUGAAAUGAACCAUUUUGCCAACUAGGUAUACAAUGUUUUUGAAUUUCUUAUCAAGAAUCCACAAAAAUUAAAUAUCCCUAGGUAUUAUUAAAUAAAUAGACACAUCUUUGAAAAAACAGCACUGUUAAUGCUUUUACAGCAUUGUAUCACCAUGAAAUAUUUUCUUUGAUUUAUCUUUAUUCAAAAGAAAGAAAGCACAUAUUCCGUUACCUGUCUGUAUGUCUUGUAUUAAAUUGUUAGUGUUAUUUUGUUAUUAGAUCACCGAUUAAAUUAUGAUUUGGUUAACCAUAAUAGGUUCUUAGUUAAUUUAUACAUCAUCUAUUUCAACCGCCUUGCCCAAACUCCACUCCCUUUUCAGUUGUUCUGCAUGUAAUAUUUGAAAUUCCUCUUGGAAAAUACAUGCUUCUAAGUCUAAUUAACAUAUUAAAAGAAGCUCAGUAGAUUUUUAAAGUCAUCAGUGGCAUAAGUUACCAGAUAUUUUUCCUCUAGAACUGCUUCAUUUCAUUUGUUGAUAGACAUACUGGUUCCAGUUAUUAAAUCUGUGACACAAAAUGUUGUUAUUGAUGCAUUGAUUUGCAGAUCACAUCAGAAAUGCUUUCACACAUUACCAGUAGUCAAAACAAACCUAGGUGAUCUGUGAAAAGAUUUGUACCAUAUUAUCUUAGUGUUGUAAAUUUAUUAUAGACACUCUUUGAUUAUUUCAUACUGUUGAACGGCUCAUAUUAAAACUUUUAAAAAUUC